AUGGCCGAACAACCUGGACUCAAGUGGUCGGCGUCUUUCCGAGUCGCCUCGCAGUCCGCAGAUCCGUCAAAGGUCCUGAAAGGUGACAAGAUCAUACUGCCACAAUCUGCUCUUGAACAGCUUCUUGCUGCAUCAACGGCCUCGGCCUCGGCCUCGAACUCGAACUCGAACUCCUCGUCCACUGCCUUCGACCGAUAUAACCCUUACGCUUCGUCAGCCGCACGACCUCAGCACGCGUUCUAUGCAGAUUCUCACCAACAGCUCCCGAACCCGCUCAUGUUUCGUCUGGUCAAUCAAGCAAAUGGCAACGUCGUCCACGCCGGGAUUCGCGAGUUCUCGGCGCAAGAGGACGAGGUUCUCCUGAGCCCAUAUCUGAUCGACGCUUUGGGUAUCAGCGCUGGGGAUCUGCCUGCUACCUCGAAUCCGAAUGGCACGUCCUCGGAUGAAGCGAUCGAUCUGGACCACGAUGGAGCCCCGACACCCCGUAUCACCGUUCACGCGAAGCAGUUGCCGAAAGGUAGCUAUGUACGACUGCGACCCCUGGAAGCAGGCUAUAACCCCGACGAUUGGAAAUCACUGCUGGAGAGGCAGCUGCGCGAGACUUUCACAACUCUGACAAACGGUGCACUCCUAACCGUACGUGGAGUCAAGGGGGAGAUCUUCCGGUUCUUGAUAGAUCAGUUCCGCCCCGAAGGAGACGGCAUUUGCGUUGUCGAUACCGACCUGGAAGUUGAUAUCGAGGCUCUGAACGAAGAACAAGCGAGGGAAACAAUGAGACAGAUUAUGGCCAGUGCCCAGAAAGCGCCGGGUACUGCUGCGGGGAGCUCGAUCGGUCAGGAGAUCAACAUCUGGAAGCCUGUUGAUGGCCAACUCAUUCCAGGAGACUAUGUAGACUACGAACUGCCUUCAUGGGCUCGGUCGAGAGUACUGGAGGUCGAGCUUGAUGGAUUUGAUGACGAGUACGCCGUGGAUCUUUUCGUCAGCCCCAAGUCGCCGCGACAGAGAGGGCCACCUCGAGCUGCCGAACAUGUCUUCGGCGUUUUCAAUUCGACACACGAUGGGGGCAAGCGGAUAACCAUCCAGCCUACCAAUGUCGAACUUGAAGAUGCAGAGAGUCUUCUCAUCUCCGUCCACGGAUACGUGCCAGAGUCCUCCCCAGCCCCUGGCCUGGACGUGGGCACGACACCUCACCCUUAUAGACUACGUGUCAGGAAUGCGGUGACAGCAGACGAUGUUACACCGUCCAGUCCAAUGCACCUGAGCACCAACGAUCGGUCGGCGGAUGAGGAGCAGUGUAGCAAUUGCCACCAAUGGGUGCCCAAGCGCAGUAUCGUGCUUCACGAGAACUUCUGUCGUCGCAACAACGUCGUAUGCCCACAAUGUCGUACCGUAUUCCAGAAGUCGUCUGAUGAAUGGAGAGAGCACUGGCACUGCCCUUAUGAUGAUGUCUACGGAUCCUCGGAGACGACGAGAGCGAAGCAUGAUGACAUUUUCCACACCGAACGUCAGUGCACUGAGUGUCCGUUUACCACCAACUCGUUACCGGAUCUCGCGCGUCAUCGCACGACCCUGUGUCCGGGCAAAAUCAUCCUAUGCAGAUUCUGUCACCUCGAAGUGCCUCAAGAAGGCGACCCGUUCAACCCGUCGGCCGAGGCCCUGGUUUCCGGGCUCACAGAACACGAGCUUGCCGAUGGAGCCCGGACUACGGACUGCCAUCUGUGCUCAAAGAUCAUCCGACUACGCGACAUGUCAACCCAUCUCAAACACCACGAACUUGAAAAAGCCCACCGACCAAAACCUGCUGUUUGCCGAAACGCAAAUUGUGGCCGUACUCUGCACGGCGUGGGCAAGAACGGAGCCGUCGGUGCUGGGACGCAGAUGGGACAAGGCCCUGGCAAUGACGUCGGGUUGUGCUCGUUGUGUUUCACGCCCCUCUAUGUCAGCUUGCACGAUCCCGAAGGAAAGGCUCUGAGGCGGCGCAUCGAGCGACGUUAUCUUACCCAGAUGAUGCAGGGAUGCGGCAAGAAGUGGUGCCAGAAUGAGUGGUGCAAGACCGGCAGGGCGAACACGGGCCUGGAAGCCAGGGGGACCACUGCUCAAGCCGUUCUUCCCAUGAUUAGGCCUCUCGUGGACACGGUGAAGGACACGCGAAUAUCGAUGUAUUUUUGCGUCGAUGAGUCCAACCAGCGAAGGAGGAAGCUUGCCGAGAUGUUGGCAGGUGAAGGCGUAUGGGAACUUGAUUGGUGUAUAGCUGCGUGCGAGGCCGAGGGAGCCAACUUGGAUAAGGCGAGGGAGUGGCUCACCAACUGGGCCCCCGCCAGAGAGUAG